CGGAAGCACGGAGCUGAUGGGUACAACGAAAGUGUUCCGCGUAGAACUGAAUCAAGCUUCCAACGGGAUGCAGAUAGCGAUGGGUUUGCGCGAUCGCGUCAAGAAGUCGAAGGAUCUGAAGAAUGCGUGGAAAAAGUUCAUCGGUAUCGCGACGGCCAAAUUUAAUGGUAAACCGAUUGGUGGGGAUUCCGAGCUGGAGAAGACCUCGGAUUCGUCGGACAUACUGGAGAAGGAUGAGGGCAUCUCUUCGCUGAUCGAUGAUUCCUCUGGCAGUGGUGCGUACGGUGGACAUUACCAACAGCAACAGGCCUUGUUGCGGCACCAUCAUCAUCACCAUCGUAAACGAUCGGGACCAGGAUCGACAGCUGUGGCCGUUGAGGAUGGCGAAAAACCUUCGACCUCGCGCACUAUCACCAUCGUGCGUAGCAAUUCGCGAUCGAGCGCCAAAGAACAGGACAGUGGCUACAUGAGUGCGGACUCUAGUGAAUCCAAGCUGAAGGGUAAGAAGGUGUACGAGCGCUACAACUUUGCCUCGCAAUCGCCCGAUGGUCCCAAUGGAUCGGAAGGUCCCAUCAUCGAGGAGAACAAGUACGAGAUUUGCGCCAUCCAGGAGUCGUCCACGGUUGGCAAUGGAUCGCCCGAUGCUCCGGUAGGAACCGCAACCGAUACGAACCGUAGUGCCGGUUCAUCGACCAGCAGUGGGUCCGGAUCGCGGCCGGAUAAAUCGAUUGCAAGACCACGUUCUCCUCCACCACCGUUGCCACCACCGAACCCACCUCCUCCACCACCACCAACGGCCACGAUUCCCACCAAGAAGCACUUUGCCGUGAAUGCCGUAAAACCACAAUCGAAACCACCGCCACCACCAGCUCCACCGGCCGCCACACCAUCGACCAGUGCAGCUUCCGGGCCUUCGAUGCAGCAACGUCAUCUCAACGGAAUGUUCUUCAACACCACGACCACAACGGACGCCAUCAGCGUGCGCGUGUACUCUUCGGAUGACGAGAAGUUUGACGGAAGUGACGAUGCGUCCUGCAUAUCCGACGAGGACGAUCUGGAGUCCCAUCUGGACGAUAUCUCUGAGUCGGGGGCAGAAAGUGUCGAGACACACUCGGUGUUCUUCAAAAAUAUCCGCAAACCGUCUCAACCAUCCUCAACGAACCUGUCGUCGGUCGGGUCCGUGUCCACGGACCAUGUGCUGGCAGCGGCUGUACACUGA